AUGGGCUCUUCAUGUCAACAGAUCUUUCUUAACAUCAUUAAUCAGGUUUUUACGACAGGUCCUAUCCCAGAUGACUGGAAAACCCAUAUUAUUAUACCCAUUUUAAAGCCUGGAAAAGACCCCUCUUCAGCAUUAAAUUACCGCCCUAUUGCUAUCUCAUCAACCUUAUCUAAAGUCAUGGAACAUCUCGUAAAGAAUCGACUGGAGUGGAUAUUAGAAAACAGGGGCAUUCUGUCAAGGACUCAAUUUGGUUUUAGAAAAGGUUUUAGCACAAUGGAUAGCCUUAGUAUCUUAGUAUCAGACAUAAGACUUGCUUUUUCUAACAAUGAGUAUCUUGUAGGCGUCUUUGUGGAUGUUCGUUCGGCCUACGAUGAUGUUAUUCUUCCGCUGCUCAGGCAGAAAAUGCAACAGCUGAACAUCCCGGAGAGAAUCACAAAUUUCGUGUCAAACCUGCUUUCGCAGAGGCGCAUAUUAGUUCGCUCUGAAGGCAAGCUCACAUCACCUAGACCUGUCUGGAAGGGAUUACCUCAAGGCUCAGUUCUGAGCCCCUUGUUAUACAGCCUUUAUACAUAUGAACUUGAUAGAUCUGUAAACUACUUAGCUAAUGUCCUACAUAAUGCUGAUGACUUAGUCUUAUAUGCAUCCGACAUUUCCUUUGACCAAGCAAUCUCCCGUCUAUCCCAAGCAGUUAAAUUCCUCAACUUUUGGCUUAUAGAACAUGGUUUGUCCAUUUCAGCUAGUAAGAGUAACUCAGUAGUAUUUACUAGACGAAGGUUCUCCCCAGAUGUGCCUAUCCAUAUUGAUGACUCUCUUAUACCUUCUCAGACUCAAGUGAAAUUUUUAGGAGUAUUUCUAGACAGUAAAAUGACAGGUAUCCCACAUUUAUCCUAUGUAGCUGCUAAAUGUGAAAAAAAUUUAAAUGUCAUCCGAUCUCUAUCACGCUCCUGGCUCCCAUCCUUAUUCCCAAAAGCUUUUAUAUAA